AGUCAAGCACUCAACUCAAACUCUUCAAUAAGAAUACCUUUUUAAGUCUUAAGAAAUGGCUUCUUCUUCUUCUUCAACCAAGUUUGUUCUGUCCCCAUAUCUUCUCUUAGCUUGCCUCUUCCUGUUCACAUUCUCAACCAACCUCGUCGUGGCUAAAGAAUCUGACAAAGUGAAGCUCAAUCUUUACUACGAAUCACUUUGCCCCUAUUGUCAGAAUUUCAUCGUCGAUGAUCUAAGUAAAAUCUUUGACUCCGAUCUCUACACGAUCACCGAUCUCAAGCUCGUUCCAUUCGGUAACGCUCAUGUCUCCAACAAUCUGACUAUUACUUGCCAGCAUGGUGAAGAGGAGUGCAUACUUAACGCUCUUGAAGCUUGUGCUAUAAGAACUUGGCCCGAUCCGAAACUGCACUACAAGUUCAUACAGUGCGUUGAAAAGAAUACUAAUGAGUGGGGAAGAUGUGUUCAAAGAUCUGGACGUGAGAAAGCCAUCAAAGAUUGUUACAAUGGUGAUAUCUCUAAGAAGCUCAUACUUGGUUACGCAAAAGAGACCUUAAGUUUGGAGCCGAAACAUGAAUACGUACCAUGGGUCACACUCAACGGCAAACCACUCUAUGACAACUACAAUAAUUUGGCCGAGCAAAUCUGCAAAGUGUACAAAGGAAAGGUUCUCCCAAAAAUCUGCAGCUCCUCUACCCUGUCCCUGUCUGAGAGGAAAGUGUCGAAGUUUCAAGUCUCCUAUGUCGAUGAAGCUAAAAAUUACUAAGUCUACUAAGAUGGAUCUCUAAAAGCUUAAUGUUAUAAGUGGAAUGAUAAAUAAAGACUUUUUAUUUUUCUUUAGUUUUA